AUGAAAAAAAGCAAAUUGUCGCUAUUUAAAAGUGUAUUAAAAUAUUCUUGGCGAACACCUUUAUUUUGUUAUUCAACAAUAUUUAUUCAUAGUUCAGUGAAUAGUCUAUUAGAUUCAUAUAAUGAUAAAGAAAAGGGUGUAUAUAAAGAUAAAAGAAAAAAUAACUUUGAUUUUUUCGCCACCAUUUCAUUAAAAACCAUUCCCAUAUCAUAUUGCAGUUCCCAACUUGUAUAUAAACGUGAUAAUAAUAAUAAUAUAUUACCUACUGAAACAGAAUAUAAUAAUUUAGAAUUAUUCAAGCGUGUGUUUUUUAAAUUAAUACAAUAUGAAUAUUUUAUAAUUCAUAAAAUAAUUGGUUGUAUUAAUGAGUCUAUAAUAUUUGUUUUAUAUUCUUUAGCUAAUUUUUAUUUAUAUUUUCAUAGCCUAUUCUUUAACAUAUGUAAUCUAUUAAGUAAAAUAUAUCACGGCCAGGGUAAUAAUGGUGUGUUAUAUACAUAUCCUAAUAUUCCUUAUAACAUUAUUAACAGUUUUGUAACUAUUCAUAAAAUUUAUGAACAUAAUAAAAUACCAUUAAAGCAUGAUUUUAAAAAUGACCAAUUGGAAUAUAUGGGUUCCGGAUUCAUCUAUGACAAAAGGGGAUACAUAUUAACAGCUGCUCACAACAUAACCAAUCUAGAAGACAAAUUUGUUGUAAAAAAUGGUAAUGGUUUAUACUUUGCAACUGUGCUUGGUUUGCAUAAAGAAUCAGACGUUUGCGUGAUGAAAAUUAAUUCUAAAGAACCGCUUUCUUAUAUCUCUUUAGACAAAAUAAGAGAUGAUUUAAAGCAAGGAGAACCCGUAGUCACAUAUGGACAGAUACAAAAUUUUGAUAAAGAAACUUAUAGUGUUGGUAUAGUAAACCAUCCAAAGCAAACUUUUACAAAGUUUGAAAAUUUUAAUGAAAACGGGCAGACUACCUUUUAUCCAUUUAUUCAAAUAAGCAACCCUAUAAAUAAAGGUAUGUCUGGUUCACCAUUACUUGAUCAGCAUGGGAACCUCGUAGGAAUGAUACAAAAAAAAAUCGACAAUUAUGGAUUGGCUUUACCUGCGAAUAUUCUAAAAAAUGUAGCUAUUCAUUUACAAAAUAAGGGAGUAUAUAAGGAACCAUUUUUAGGUAUUGUGUUUAGAGACAAGGGACUCAUAAUUCAAAAUUCCAGACCUCUCACAAAAGAGUUGAAAAUUUCCAGCAUUUUAGCUAACUCACCAGCCGAUCUGGGCAACUUGAAAAAAGAAGAUAUAAUUUCAAAGAUUAACAAUAAAGACAUCGAAAGCAUUUGUGAUGUACACGAAAUUCUCAAUAGUACAAGUGAUAGAUAUAUAAAUGUUGAUGGGAUUCGAAAUGACAAAAAAUUUAAAACACAGAUAAAACUAUGGUGA